AUGUGCGGUUCAUGUGAGGAAGGUAUCACCGGGAAAAGCCGUCCCUGUUUCGUUUUUCACAGUCAACAUACCGCUGACCCUCAGGUCUCUACUCAAGGUACCGGCAUCGAAACUGUAGCCACCGUGCACAAAUUGUCAUUUCUGUUUCUCGACAUCCGGAACAGACAGACUGCCGCGGCUCAGCUGAAAGCCAGACUUUUCGGUCUCUACAGAUUUGAUCUUAGUCUCGCUAGCAGCUGCAGGAAACUUAACGUACAUCUGCGUAACCUCAGUACCAACAGCCUCGCUCGCGUUGAUAUCAGUGUUGAUCUCAGCAACGAUGUCUCACAGAUCCUCGCAUCCGCCAAUCACGAGGGCGCCGGUGGCAGACUCGCCAGACAGUAUCUGCAAUUUGUACAAAGUAUCAAGCUUAUUGCAGUUCUUAAACGAGUUCUUGAACGCAGUGUAUGCAAGACUGAAGCCAACUUCAUAGCGAGGAGUAUAAUUUUCGUGGUCGAAGUAUUUGCAGUCGAAGUAAUCAUCCUCGGAGAAGUUGAUCGCAGACUCCUCAUUGAUUUAGUGAGGCUUGCGGUCGGACUCCUUCUCGGCAAAGGUGUGAACGAGCUUGCCGGAGGGGAUCACGUCACCGUUGGUGUGACAGUAGGACUGGCCGAGAGGUCGGUGACAUUCUGGCACGUGGCUCACUGGUCAAGUAGGUGGAGAUAG